CAAUAUAUAUAAUUUUUUUUGUUCUCCUAAUUUUGUGAGUAAUUGUGCGUAAUGAUCUUGUUUAGAGAUGGGAAGACCGAAGAUGAGUUCAUUUAAUUGAAACCUGUGAAUUUCGACGCAUGUUUAUAUCAUUUGGUACUUGGUAGUUAUGCAAUAUGCACGUAGAGAAGAGCUGUGCCUUUUGUUGUCCAAUGCGUAUUCUUCUCUGAGGGUUCAUCUGUAAUUUCCAUAUAGCCUUUGAUUCUCAUCGGAAAGGCUAUUAGGGAAUAGGGAUGGCUCUAGAGACCUUUGUGGAUUCCAACUUUCAAAUGGCAGCACAAUCUCUGGCAUCGACUUGGCCGACUGGGGGCUUUGUGGGGUCCUCAAGUUCUGAUAACUUGCCACCAAAAGAUGAUCACUACCAGGCUGUGGUAGCUUCCCUCUUGAAUGCAUCUUCUGGAAACUUGCCAAAUACUGCAUCUAUGAUUGCACAUAUGAAUUUAGAUAGGGUCUCAGGGGAAAUGAAUCUGACUGCCUUAAAUAAUUCAACAAAUGGCCUGAGUGGUAGGCCAAGUUCCUUAGUCACAAAUUCCAAACCAGCACUUUCAAAGGGUCCUCAUUUGCAUAGAAAUUCCGUUAGCAACACGGAUUCUUACCUAGAGUUGCCCACAUCUCCUGCAUCAUUCUCCUCCCGUAACCUAAGCUCAAGCUCUUCAGUUCUUGACGGUUCCUCCAUUGCACAGCAUACAUCCUAUUUAGACACAAACUGUGUACAAGUUCAUAAAAGGAAACAUCAGCAAAAGGUUGCGGAAAUGCAUAAAAAUUCACUUCUAAAUGGCACAAAGCAGGACAACCGCAUGCCAACGCAGAUGCAUAAGAAACCUAGAUUAGACAUCCAGCAAGAGGCUAUUAUGCACCAACAUAUUCUUCAGCAGCUACUGCAGAAUUCAGAUUCAGCACAAUUGCGAGGACAUGUACCCCAACUACAAGCACUGUUUCAGCAGCAUCAGUUUCAAAACCAGAAGUGGCAAAAGAUUUUGCAGUCUAUUGCACAGUAUCAGGGAGUUGACAUGCAGCAGCAGCAGCAACAACAGCAAAUGAGGCAGCACCUGCAACAGCAAGCCCUGCAUCAAGUACCUGCUAUGCACCCAUCUAAUGAAGGCAUCUGUUCACGCCGGUUAAUGCAGCAAAUAUAUCAUCUGCGGCAACGACCAGCUGACAAUGGUAUUUCUUAUUGGAGGAAAUUUAUCGCAGAGUAUUAUGCUCCUUGUGCUAGGAGAAGAUGGUGUUUUUCUUUGUAUGAUAAAGUUGGACACCAUGCCUUUAGUAUGAUUCCCCAGACAGCUAUGGAUGCAUGGCAAUGCAACAUAUGUGGUUGUGAAUCAGGAAGGGGGUUUGAGGUGACUUCUGAAUUACUUCCUAGGCUCAAUAAAAUGACAUUUGACAGUGUGAUGGAUGAACUAUUGUUUCUCGAUUUACCACAUGAGCGUAGAUUCCCUUCUGGAUUAAUGAUGUUGGAAUAUGAAAAAGCAGUUCAAGAGAGUGUCUAUGAGAAACUUCGUGUUGUUCGUGAGGGUCAUCUACGCAUUAUUUACACCCAUGAUUUGAAGAUAUUGUCCUGGGAAUUUUGUUCACGACAUCAUGAAGAACUUUUGCCUCGAACUUUCCUUGCAUCUCAGGUUAAUCAGUUGGUUCAUGCUGCACGGAUGCAUAAAAGCACUGAUGGUGGAAGUGUGUCUGUUGUGGUGGCACCAGAGGAUUUACAAGCAAAUUGUGAUACGUUCCUCGUGGCUGGAAGUCAACUUGCAAGAACUUUGGACCUACAGCUGGUUGAUGACUUUGGCUUUGCCAAAAGAUAUACCCGGUGCUUGCAGAUUGCUGAGAUUGUCAACAUUAUGAAAGAUUUAAUGACUUUCUCCCGGAAUAAUAACAUGGGACCAAUAGAGAGCUUGAAGAAUUAUUCCCAAGAAAUCACCACAAUGAAGCUUCGGAAAGAGGGGUUAGAAGAAAAGGAGGGUGUUGGGAGUGCUCAAGGUCUGCCAACUGACAAGGAUAAGGUGAUUGCUGCAUCCACUGCUCCUGGGAGCAACGUAAAUGAAAGUCUAGUUAUGACCAAUGGUGUACAUUUGACUAGCUCAGAACAGGGGGCAUUGGUGCUUCCAGAUUAUUAUCACAAAUUGCUUAGACAGAACUCAUUGACCUAUGAUGUGGGUGAAGUGAAGCAGCAGAGUUAUUCUCCUUAUGUGUCCAACCAGGGUGCACCUUUUAAACCAUAUAAAGGUCCUAAAACCUCAAGUUCAGGGCUAAUCCAAAACUCACGAAUGGACGGUUUGUCAAGUUCUCAUUCCUUGGAAGGCAGCCAGAAUAAACCGGACCAGGCAAUCCAAAAGAUACUGCAGGAGAUGGUCAACAACAGCAGAAAAGUGAAUGGGACAGCUGGGGACAGAGUUAUCCGUGAGGUUGGCAAGAGUACUGUUGUUGACUUGCCUACAAGAGGCAAGGAAAUAGAUAUUGUUCGAAAUGUGUUAAGUUCUGGGAACGUCGCAGCGGUUGGGGUUGGGGCUGUCCCAAGAAAUGCAUUGGGUGGUACUGCCGGGAGGAUCAGCAGCUCAGGAACUGUCUUUAAUAGAGAGUCCUCUGAGUUUUGUGUCAACAACAGCUACAUGAAGAAGAGAGAACCUGAUGUCCUGGAGAAGCUGCAUCUGCCCGAGGGGCUUCUAAAUAUGAUUCAUGGUUGUCAUCAAAAUGGAGACUAUAGUGGUAACAGUGAUGAUAUGUGCUAUGGAUGGAAGGCCUGACAAUUUUGGGUUACUUGUUUUAGUGGAUUUGACACGAUGUUGGGAGGUAGUUAGCAUCGAGUUUGUACAGUUCUGCAGCAUUUUUUUGUUCUGCCCUUUUACUAAUAUCACAUGAAGUGAAGAACAUACAUUAUUAAUUGCUUUUUGAGUACAAUGCUACAAGAAGUUGUUAGCUUGUAGCUUGUUCAGUGUCAUACAAGUGUAAACUGAUAUCCUUACAAUCUUGAAUAGCAUUGACAGCCAGGUGAUAUUGUACUAAAUAGCUUGAAUUUAUACU